UGCGCAAGCGCAGAACUGUGAGCCGUCGGUCCCUUCCAGUCACGGGAGUUUUAACGCUCUGCACGAGCGCGGGGCCUCAUGGCGGAAGAGCUACGGCGCGCCGGAGGCCACCAGCUGGGGCUGUGCUUGCUUUGCGGUUUACCUGCCGCGGGCAAAACGACGGCGGCGCAGGCCCUGAGCCGGAUCCUGAGGGAGCGCAAAGGGUGGCGCUGCGUCCCCCUCGCUUACGACGACCUCAUCCCUCUGGAAGCGUUCGACCAAUCAAAGGAGAGCUCGGUACAGCGAGAGCAGCAGCCGUUGAUGUCACACUGGAGAUUGUAUCGUCAUGAAUUAUUGCUGUAUCUUGAACAUUUCCUUCAAAAUUUUAUUAAAGGAUGCCAUUAUUCUCCUCCUCCAAACAGAACUGAAACAACAUGGAAAAGGUUUGCCUGCUCUCUGAAAGAACAAGAAUUAAUAUAUCCAAGAACAGGAACUGAAGACUCUGCAUCUUGUCAAUAUUUAAUAGAUUUUAUCCCUCUCAGACCGAUAUAUUUUAUUUUAGAUGACAACUUUUAUUAUCGGAGUAUGAGAUAUGAAGUGUACCAGUUAGCUCGCCAGUAUACCCUGGGCUUCUGUCAGUUGUUCCUAGAUUGUCAGGCUGAUGUUUGUUUAGAGAGAAACAGUCGGAGAAAACAACCAUUACCUGAAGAAACCAUCCAUGCAAUGGUGCAGAAAAUGGAAGUUCCAAAUCCAGAGAAAUACGCCUGGGAGCAGAACAGCCUCGUUCUGAAGACUACAGAAUGUUCAGUAGAAGAUAAUCUUCAAGUGCUUGAUUUGCUAUCUACUGCUCUGGAAAAUCCAGUGAAACCCCUGGAAGAGAAUACAGAAGUAAAGGAAAUGGAUCGUGCUAUUUGUGCAGCCAGUGUUCUUCAUCAAGCAGACCAGGCUGUCAGGCGAGCUGUCUCUCAGACCAUGAAGACUGCUAAAGAUAAUAACCUUACCCCAAAGGAGAUGAAGAGCUUGGCAGAUGAACUAAAUAUGCUGAAAGUGGAAUUUUUGGAAGAUUUGAGGCACAGAGAAAAUGAGAAAAAUAACCAGUUGAAUAUAAAUGUAACCUCUUUAUUCAGCCAACAGGCAGAUGGCAUUGUUAAGAAAUAUUUAAGUGAGAAGUAGUAGCAUUUUUAUAUAUUCAGUGAAGGGGCAUAUAACGCUGUGGCAUGUGGGUUCGGCAAGAAUACUAGAUAUUGCUAAGAUUUGGCAUCUGAUGUCUCAGUGGGAAAAAACUGGGCCAAUUCCCUCACUCUCUCUGUUCGGACUGACUGCCAAAAAUACCAGUUGUACCAAGAAGCUUCAGGAUCCAUAGGGAGAAGAAAGAUAGUGAGAUUUACCCUCUGAAAUAUUUUACUCUUUGCUAUAAUUUGAAAUAUGUCUGCAGCAAGGAUCAUU